CUAAAUAACUGUACACUAUCUAACAGUUCUUCUACCGUCAAGAAAAUGCAUAUUUUGCCCAAAUUUAUUGUUUCUUACAGCACUUGGCUACAGCGAAACGUAAUGAAGAAAUUAUGAGGUUUCUCAUUCAACACAGAGCCAACACUAACUGCAUAGGUGAUCGACUAGAUAAUCCCUUCAAAGUGAAAGCUCUGGUUUCUUGCUGCCCAUUUGUUCAGUUCCCAUGCAUUGCAGAUAAUUUUUGAAAAUUCAACUCUUUUUGAGGCUGUCAAGGCUGGGCAUGAUAGCAUUGCUUUGCUUCUCAUCAAACAUGGCUCAACCUUGAAUUUGGAAGAUGCUGGAUGGUACCUUUGUAAGGCUGUAAUGGAUAGCAACAUUGAUUUGUUAAAGUGUUUGUUGGAGAAUGGAGUUAACCCAAACUCAAGGAACUAUGACCUACAAACACCUCUACAUUUUGCAGCAGCAGAAGGUUUGCACCUUGUGGCAAAUAUCUUGAUCAAAUUUGGAGCAGAUGUUCUAUCCAAAGACAGGUGGGAGGGAUUUGCUCAUGUUGCACUCCAUUGUUGGAACCAGAACUUGACACCAAUCCCCUACUCUUAUGUUGAUCUUUUGUCUGAAAUUCUGAGUGUUAUGUCUGGCUUGGUUGCUGCAAGGCCGCAAUUACCUUCUCAUCAGAUUCCAAAUGCUGGCUUGAUUUGAACCAGAAAACCAUUUUUAGCUAUUUAAUUGAUAAGAUUUAUUGUGAAUCAGGGUUCUUGGAAGCUCUCAGGUUGGUAAAAGCUGUCAUUCAGAAAAAUGAAGCCCUUUCAACUGAUGAGCUGGCUCCAGCUUCUCAACUGGGAGGGAGAAAUGAUUGAAGAACAAUGUGGGGACAUUCCUUCAGUAGGAUUUGAAAAUUCGUGCUCUAUAUUUAGUCUACACAAAGACAAGGCAAAAGUUGCUUUCAUGCACACUAAGUCAAAAUUCUGGUGUGAGGUGGUAUUUGAGGAUGUAAUAGACAGCUAUGGGAUGGUGCUUGAGAAGUACAAGAAGACCAGAAAGCAAUAUAUGAAUGGGAUGCUUUCACAGCACUGUAAAGGACAAUAGAUGUGGAGAUCGUUAUCUUGGAUUACCUCUUUAUUUUAUAUCAUUCUUCAUUUUUCUGCAAAAACAGGUUUGGCAACGAAAAAAAAAAUUUAAAGAACA